AUGACUAACGCUUACAGACAAGCACAGGACAAGGACAGUAACAAAGACAGUGACACACUUUUAUUAUUAUAUUCCGUAGCUUUUCAAGGUAGGGUCUACCUUCCUGUUCCAGCGGCAGAAGCUAUCAUCAAUGGACCUCAAUCAUUAACAAUUAAUAACAAUAACGAUCACGAAGGUAGUCUACGUUCAGCUAGUCCCAAAGUACAUAAAUUUAGCGUCUUCGAGGAAUUGUUACUCUCUUUCUCGGUUCAAGCUAAUGUAAAAGUUAUUUGUGACAAUAAAGUUGGAGGUGACACGAUCAGUACUGUUCAUGGUCUUAGAGUGAUAUCAAUGGCCUGGGUUAUCUUGGGUCACACUUGUAUUACCACGUUCAAAUACUCUGACAACAUGGAGUACCGAAAAGUCGUAGAGAAAAAGUUCCUUUUUCAAACUAUUACGAACGGAGCUUUUAGCGUCGAUACGUUUUUCUUCAUGGGAGGUUUACUUGUGAGCUUUCUGUACUUCAGAACAAAUGCGAAAGGAGACUUGAAUAAACUUACGCAGGGUACGCGGGGUAUUGUCGCAGGUGGUUUAAAAUUCAUCGGUCUUCUCAUGUACAGAUUUUGUAGGCUCACAGCUCCGUAUAUGUUUGUACUUGGAGUAGUUCAAGUCACAAUGAAAUGGUUUCAUUCGAAUUCCGUGUUUGAACCACCAACCGCGGAUCAUUAUAACUGUCCCAACUAUUGGUGGAGAAAUUUUCUUUACAUUAAUACUUUGUUCCCGGUAGAUCAAAUGUGCAUGAUUUGGAGCUGGUACGUCGCAGAUGACACUCAAUUCUACGUUAUUGGCGCCGUAAUACUAGUUUUAGCGACAAAUCACUUUAAAAUUGCAACUUUCCUGAUGACUACUUUGUUAUUAAGCUCCUGGUUAACAACCGGAUACAUUGCAUUAAUAAAUAAUCAUAUGCCGAGCUCGGAUGAUCCAUUGGCGCUUUUCGAUAAAAUCUAUGAUAAGCCAUGGACCAGACUGGGUCCUUAUUUUAUAGGCAUGUCGGUAGGAUACUUUCUUUUCAAGACUGAUUGCAAAAUAAAAAUGUCCAAGACGACAAUUUGUGUAGGAUGGCUUCUUUCUUCGGCAUGUCUUUUAAGUUUAUUAUAUGGUCUGUAUGAAGCAGAACUUAGUCCUAUAAUGGCAGCUGCUUAUUCUUCAUUAAGUCAUAGCUUAUGGGCACUUGCUUUAUCGUGGAUCGUCGUUGCAUGCAGUACAGGUUACGGAGGAUACGUCAAUAGUAUUCUAUCGGCACCGAUUUUAUAUCCAAUUAGCAGAAUAACAUAUUGCGCUUACUUGUUACAUCCGCUUAUAAUUCGACUCACAGCUAUGAACUUGGACUCACCGUUUCAUUUAGGAAAAUACACCAUGAUGAUCACUUUUCUUGGAGUUCUGGUUUUAUCGUAUGUAUUAUCAUUUAUCAUAUCGGUGUCUUUCGAAGCGCCUAUUGUGACCAUGUUGAAGAUACUUUCUCCCAAAAAGCGAAAAUGCAUACAAUGA